CGCUCGCAGUCUGUCAUUGAUGCUUUUGAAUUCGGUGUAAAGUCGCUACUUCAGGUCAGCACACGUAACUUAAUCGAACACCUCACGCUUCAUAGUAGAACAUCUGAAAUGCAACCCGCCCUGAAAUUCCGUGUCAUUCCCCGUAGGAAGCGGAAGAAUGGAGUAUUUUCCCUCAGAGCGCAGCUUUCUUACUGGGGAAACAUUCCGACCAGUGGAAUUCUGUGUAUCUCCUGAAGAUAAUCUAAACGGUGUAUGUGUUUUAUAUACUUCCGUGUACCUGGGUAGAUAACUUCGUAAACUUUGAGGUCAAUUUUGUUUUCAGCUUGUCAUUUUACUUUGAAAAGUUUACUUCAGGUUUUUGUCAUCGCGCAUAUCUGAGAAAACAGGAUACAUUUGCUCAAAAUGAGUGAGUGGGAUUGUUGUUUAUCCGGCGAGGACCGAGAACGCAUCAGAAUUCACAGAGCGAUUGAGAGACAACUGAACCGCGACAAAAGAGACUCUCAAAGGGAGCUAAAAUUGCUGCUUCUCGGGACAGGAGAAAGUGGGAAGAGUACUUUCAUCAAACAGAUGAGGAUCAUCCAUGGCGCCGGCUACUCCAACGACGACAAGAGAGGUUUCACCAAGCUGGUCUACCAGAACAUUUUCCAGAAUAUUCAGGUCCUGAUCCAGGCUAUGGGGAACCUCAAAAUCUCAUUUGUGGAUGACCACAACAUACAAUAUGCUCAGAUGCUGAGUAGCGUUCAGCCUGAGGUGGUGACCAGUAUGGAACCUCGGUACGCAGAAGCUAUCAAGCGGGUGUGGGCCGAUCACGGGGUACAAGAGUGCUACGCCCGCCGGAGGGAAUAUCAACUCUCGGACUCGGCAAAAUAUUACCUGAGUGACAUGGACAGGAUAUCCGUAUUCAAUUAUUUGCCAACACUACAGGACAUUCUUAGAGUUAGGGUGCCAACCACAGGGAUUAUUGAGUACCCUUUUGAUCUCCAAACUGUCAUCUUCAGGAUGGUGGACGUGGGGGGUCAGAGAUCGGAGAGGAAGAAGUGGCUCAACUGCUUUGAGAAUGUGACCUCUCUCAUCUUCCUGGUGGCACUGAGUGAAUAUGACCAGGUGUUAUAUGAGAGUGACAAAGAGAACCGUAUGAUGGAGAGCAAAGCUCUUUUCAAGACCAUUAUCACCUCCAACUGGUUCUUGGACUCCUCCGUCAUCCUCUUUCUCAACAAAACAGACCUUUUAAAUGAGAAGAUUUUACUCUCACACCUUGCCGACUACUUUCCUGCAUAUACUGGUCCCAAGUGUGAUGCUGACAGUGCUCAGAAGUUCAUCCUGAGGAUGUACGAGGAACAGGCCCCAGACCGGCAGAAGUUACUCUACUCCCAUUUCACUUGUGCCACUGACACAGAGAACAUCCGCUUUGUCUUCCGUGCCGUCAAGCAUACUUUACUACAAAACAACCUGGAGUUAUUCAACCUGGGCUAAAAAAACAAGAACCAAGAAAGAGGCCACUUAUUUUAGGACAUGAUGUGUGUGUGUAUGUGUGUGUUAUUCAUUAUAUUGCAUUUAUGAGAACAUUCUUUUUUUUUUAACGUUGAUAUAACUGUAGACUGAAGAGGAAGUGUCUGACAAAAUGUAGCUGCUAUCCCUGUGGGGUUGGUGCCAAGAGCGGCAUGAGAUGUGGGUGGGGCUGCAGUCAGAAAUGACAGUCAUGCUGGUUCAACCCUCAAUACACAACCUUAGGCCUCUUUAUAAUGUACAGGACCUUUGCAAGAUGCCAUUUAAUCUUAUUCUAAGAUUAUUCUGAAUUGCCAUUCAUGCUUAUUUAAGGUAUGGUCCAUCGAAAAAGGUGCACUAGGCCUAAUUCCACGUCUUUAAACAUUCUGAAGCAGUUUGAAAUGUUUGAGAUCUAUAUUUCUGUAGAACAGAUGGAUUGCUUUUCAGCAGUGAAGAUUUGGAUAAUGUGAUCCUCCCUGUUCUUCAAGGAACACAAGGUCCUUACAACCUACUACCAUUAACAGCCCUGAACAGCCAUAUCUCCAGCUUAUCUCUCUGUAUUUUUUGAAAGUCUGAUCUACAUCUGUUAUGUGCCUAUGCACUUCCUCUGUAACCAAAAUUAAUCUUUAAUUGUUUUUUUUAUGGGACUGUGUACAUGGACAUCACUGCAAUUAGUACAAAUCCCUGUCUUCAUGUCUUAGUUGUAAACCACUGCGACGCCUAAAAAUGUCAGGAGUUUCUAGCAUUCCAUUAAUUUGUCAAAAUGAGUAAAUAAGCAAAAUAAUGUUCACAAUGCAAAUGGACGAUUUAGAGCGAGAAUGUAGUAUGUCAUCUUAUGAUGAUACUUUUAUUAUGGUCUGUUUUGUUUUCUUCACAUAUGCUUUGUAAUAAUAAAUUAUUAAAUGUGAGUAAGAGAUUUCUGCUUUAUGUGCAGUUCUGUUAAUGUCCUUCUCUAUGAGUGGAUAGUACACCCUACAUAGA